CGGAAACUGGACAUAAUUCUGUGCUUCCGUGUUUUCUGCCCCGUGGCGUUUAGCUCACACGUUUGUUUCCCAGCUAUCGGCUCAGGUUUCUAAAAUAAAAGUAAACAUUAAUGUAACAUGAAGAUGGCACAUUACUGUUGAGCCGGAUCAAGGUAAACAUGAAGACGCAGCGAGCUUUGCCAGCUGUAUAGUCACACAUUUUUGAGGAAUCUGAAUAUGAAGACUGAAAUGCCUUAGGAAUGCUAUAUGACUGCAGGGGUGUAACUUCACUGCACUCCACGCCCCCAUUUUCUCUUUCAGAAGAAUACAGAAUUAAUGUAACACAUAAUGAAGCCUUUAUAAACAUGUCAUGGAUUAGACCUGUCUGUGCAUAAAGCAAGGUUUUGGCAAAGAAGACCUGAAGAUGUGUGGCUGAUCAGGAGAACUGUGUGACCCCUCCCCGCUAUGCCCAGACGAGGGCUGCCACUGCAAGGCCGGGUGCGCUGGCUCCUUCUGGGUAUAUUUUUGUUCUUUGUCUUCCUCUUCUUUGCCUACUUGCUGGAAUGUACACCACCUGCAGAUGUGAACCAUGGGUUGCCUGGCCUCGGAGGGGAACCUUAUGGAAAAGAAUAUUAUCAGGCACUGCUUCAGGAGCAAGAGGAGCGACACCUCAGCCGAGCAGCCAGCCUCAAGAGGCAGAUUGCCCAGCUUAAACAGGAGCUGCAGGAGAUGAAUGACAAGCUAAAGAGCUUGCAGGAGAGAAAAGAGAGCCCUGGAAUACAGGGCCUGGUUGAUGGUAAAGAUCAGGAACCGAGUGAUUUGUUGGAUUUCCUGCAUUCGCAGAUCGAUAAGGCCGAGGUGAAUACAGGAGCAAGGCUCCCCAGCGAGUAUGCUUUAGUGCCUUUUGAAAGUUUUACCACAACAAAAGUUUAUCAGUUGGAGAUGGGGCUCACCCGGCAUCCUGAAGAAAAGCCUGUACGCAAGGACCGGCGAGAUGAGCUAGUGGAGGUAAUUGAGGCAGGCCUGGAUGUCCUUAACAAUCCUGAUGAAGAGGAUGGUCAAGAGGAAGACAUCCCCAUGCAGAGACAGACAUUCACAGACAGCCACUUUGUUGAAGGCCUCUAUAGGACUGAGCGGGAUAAAGGAACACAGUACGAGUUGUACUUUGCAAAGGAAAAUUCGCAUGAAUUCCGUCAUGUUACUCUGUUCCGUCCAUUUGGUCCCUUAAUGAAAGUUAGGAGCACAUCUGUGGACACCGCCAACACAAUCAUUAAUAUCAUAGUGCCUUUGUCAGGCAGAACAGAAGCUUUUAUUCAGUUUCUACACAACUUCAGGGAGGUGUGUAUACAUCAGGACAAACGAGUCCAUCUUACAGUGGUUUACUUUGGGGAAGAUGGUUUGCAAGAGGUGACAUCAUCCUUACAAAAAAUGUCCAGUAAGGAGAAUUUCACAAACUACACUCUCAUCCCUGUGGACGAGGAGUUUUCCCGUGGCAGAGGAUUGGACAUCGGUGCUCACGCGUGGAAAAAAGAAACCGACGUGUUGAUGUUUUUCUGCGAUGUAGAUAUUUAUUUCACAUUAGAAUUCCUCAACACCUGCCGUCUCAAUACAAUGCCUGGGAAACGAGUGUUCUAUCCAGUAGUGUUUAGUUUAUAUAAUCCUGCCAUAGUGUAUGGGAAUCUUGAUUUGACGCCGCCCAUUGAACAUCAGUUGAUUCAUAAAAAAGAUGCUGGAUUCUGGAGGGACUUUGGAUUUGGAAUGACGUGUCAGUACCGUUCAGACUUCCUCACUAUCGGAGGAUUUGAUCUGGAAGUGAAGGGUUGGGGAGUGGAGGACGUCCACCUGUACAGAAAGUAUCUGAGGAGCGAGCUGAUAGUGAUGCGCACGCCUGUUUCAGGUCUCUUCCACCUGUGGCACGAGAAGCUGUGUGCAGAUGAGUUAACGCCAGAACAGUAUCGCAUGUGUAUCCAGUCCAAAGCUAUGAACGAAGCUUCUCACUCUCAUUUGGGCAUGUUAGUGUUCCGCGAGGAAAUCGAAAACCACCUCCGCAAGCAGGCCUACAAAAGUCAGAGCAGAGCAGAGGAUUAAAACAGUUACAGUAAACCUGCUCACAGUAAGCACAGUCUUGACCCCAUGAGUUUUGUCCAGAUAUAGCUAUGUUAAUUAGCUACAUUUUCUGAAAUAAUGAAAAGAUAUUUUAUUAAUUAAAAUGAAGGAGCACGGGUAUCAACUAAGAAUGAAUAUGGUUGGACUAAGUUAACAAAAUGAAGUGCUGUAUAGGAUCCCACUUUGUGUGAAAGAUGAUCAUUAUUCCUGUUCUGAAGGUCUAUUUAGAUUUUUUUUUUUUUUUGGUCAUUUUAAAAUGACCAAUUAAGUUGGUGCUUUUAUGUUCAAGCAUGCCUAACCUAGGCAUGUUACUGGUUAUCAUAUGCUAGUUUUUGUUUGUUUUUUUUAAACUACAGUUCUUUUUUUAUUUGCAUUAAGUAUUAUAAUUGCAUUGUGCUAAUGAGGCAGUUUUUUAAAAAGGUGAUGUUACUAAACAAGACAAUCAGUUGUAAAUGGGUAUGAACAAAAUGCUAAGAAGGAAUUUAAACAAGGAAAUGUAACACUUGCAGUCCAGUUUAGCAAGCAUCAGAUUCAGCGGGUAAAAACGCCGGUCACUGCAUGUGAAGUGGGUAAAUGCUCACUUCACCCCAACUGGUUUUGUGUAAGCGUGGACCAUUAUUAAUCCCUAGUGGCCAUUUAGUUUCCAUUCACAACUUUUUUUUUUUUAAUCAAUUAAACACUUGAGGCUACUAAUUCAAGUCUGGCAUCUGUAGCAUCUCAAAAACAGCACAAUGCAAUGGUGAAGACACCUUUUUUCAAAUAAAGAUGGACAGCAGUCUUUCA